AUGGAUAUUGAAUUCAUCCUGAUGGCCGAGCCACCACGUCGUCUCUUCGCUGAGGCGACAUGGUUGCAAGGCGCCAUCGUCACAUCCGUCUUCUAUGGUGUCGCACUCACCCUUACAUCCAUGUGUGUCCGCUCCCUCUGGAAUCGCAUCCGCUCCCGUGGGUCAGGUUACAAAAAAGACAUCUUCUUCCUUUGCUAUGUCAUUUUCGUCUUUGCGUGUGCGAGUGUCUACCAGGUUGCCAACGCCCAAAUAACACAAUUAGGCUUUAUCAAUCGUCGCAACUACCCCGGUGGUCCCGCCGCAUUCGAGGAAAGCAAUGCCUCCAUACCCAUCAACCUCACAUUCGUUCUCAUGGACUGGUGUGCGGACCUCCUCAUGAUUUGGCGCUGCAUCGUUGUAUACCGUGAUACCAGGUUUCGCAUUAUCAUCACACUGUUUGGAGUACUGAUUUUCGUCGCUAGCUUCGGUGCGUACAUCACUUUACCGGUUUGUUCUGGCUCAUUAUCAUAUCCAUCCCUGAACGGGCAGUCCGACGCGUGGAUGUCCUACUCCCUACUCUUUCCCUACCUCAGUGUAUCGCUUGCUAGCACUAUGUUCAUCAGUGGUCUCACAGUCCUCCGCUUCUUGGACCACCGCCGCCGCGUAUCCAACGUCCUCGGCCAAGCUCUCGGUUCCGUUUACACGAAUUUCGUAACCAUGAUCAUUGAAUCUGCAGCGAUAUAUUCGUUGUGUUCUUUACUUUAUAUGAUCCCCUACGCUACUGGAAGUCCCCUUGCGAACGCGUUCAUGCAAAUCCUUGGAAUGGCUCAGGGAACCGCCCCCCUCCUCAUCAUCUACCGCGUUUCGGAGGGCAAGGCGUGGACAAACACCCAGUCUCGAAACACGCUAACUUCCGCUUCUCUCCGAAUGCGCCGAAUGUCCGCUAAUCCCACUAGUACUGAUGCAAGCACCACGUCUCAUAUCCGCACUAACCCGAUGAACAUCCAAGUUACGUUUGAUGUCCAUAAGAGUCGGGAUGAGUCGGUGAUCAAAUCUGUCGAGGAUAAGGAUGAAGUCUGCCAUGCUGUAUAG